AUGAAUUGGAAAGAGGUUGCGGCAAAAGCACGUCAAAAUUUGGAUGACUCCAUACCUAAGGAUUUAAGAAUUGAAGAUGAUAAGUUGGAAACCAAUAUCAUGCGUCACUGUUCUGUGGAUGAACAUAAAGACUUGAUCUCUCCACGAGAGAGAGAGAUUACCUCCUUGGACGCAACCCAGCUACUUCAAGCUAUCAAAAAUAAAAAAUAUAAAGCAGUAGAAGUAUUCAAAGCCUUCUGCACAACGGCUGCGGUAGUCCAUCAAUUGACGAAUUCGUUAACUGAGUACUUUCCAGAGGAAGGUCUCCAGAGAGCAAUUGAGCUUGACGAGUACUACGAACGGACAGGAAAGCUUUUUGGUUCUCUACACGGACUUCCAAUAAGUAUUAAGGACCAUCUCGAGCUAGCUGGACACCUCGCUAACAUGGGCUUUGUCGCUUGGGCUGAUAGGCGCAGUCCUGCAAAAGAGGAUGGAAUAGUGAAAGCUCUUCGAGACGAAGGUGCUGUCUUUUAUAUAAAGACGGCCAUGCCUAUGUCUGGAAUGGUACUUGAAACUGCAAGCAAUCUCUGGGGAAACGUAAGGAAUCCAUACAAUCGAAGACUCACUUCAGGCGGAUCUUCUGGGGGAGAAGCUGUGAUGGUAGCAAUGGGAGGAUCAGCGAUUGGGAUUGGGACUGACACAGCUGGUAGCAUUCGCUGUCCUGCUGCGUUUUGUGGUUUAUAUGCUCUUAAGCCUACAUGUUAUAGAUUUGCUUAUACUGGUAUGCUUUUUCCUAGUCCAAGUCAAAUCUCAAUUGCGGGUUGCCCAGGACCUAUUGCCAAAUCGAUGGCAGAUGUAAAGAUGCUUUCAAAGUUUCUAGUAGACUCCGAGCCUUGGGAAAGUGAUCCAAAUGUUGUGCCAAUCCCUUGGAAAAACGAUGUAACAUACUCCGAUUCCAAAAAAUUAUGCAUCGGGGUAAUUAGAAGCGACGGAGCAGUCACUCCUCAUCCUCCUGUGCUAAGGGCUAUAGAUUUGGCUGUUGAAAGGCUCAGGGAAGAUGGGCAUGAGGUCAUAGAAUUAGAUCUUCCAUUUGAUGCCUACGAGUUAAUGGAACAAGCAUCUAAAAUGUAUUUUCUCUCAGGUUUCAAAGAAUGCAAGGAGCUUUGCGCCCAAUCAGGCGAGCCUUUAAUACCUGCACUCACGACGAUCUUGGAGAGAUAUAAUAUCAAAGAAUUUGGUGGAUCUGUUAACUUCAAAGUUAAUGCCUAUAGGAAUGGAGUGCGAAAGAAGUUUUUAGAAAUGUGGAAAUCGACAGCAUCAAAGUCCAGUUCAGGUGGACAAAUAGAGGCCAUUGUAACGGCAAACUCAGCUUGUUGCUCAUUUCCACAUAACUUUUUACCUUGGUGGGGGUAUACUACAACCUAUAAUGUAUUAGACGUUCCCAGCUUGGUAAUUCCUCUUAAAGAUCAAAUGUCUGAUCCUAAAGUUGAUUUAAAGGAUAAUCAUUAUGAACCAUUAAAUGACUGGGAUAAAAGCAACUACGAGAUAUAUGAUCCUGAAUUGUUCAAGGAUAUUCCUUUAAACAUUCAGCUAGUGGGAAGAAGAUAUCUUGAGGAGGAACUUAUUGCAAUUGGGGAAGUAGUCGAUAGUUCGUUAAAUAAAAAGUAA